CGCGGACACCCGGAGCCCCACAGCGAACCGUCUCCUCCCGGGAUGGCGAAGCGAGGACGGAGUGAGGAUGAUGAGGAAGAGCAUCAAUUCCAAGAUCGUGACUACGAGAUGCCUCAGCAAAAAGGUGGAAAGAAGCUCUGUAACAAAGUUAAAUGGACACCUGAUGAGGAUGAAAAGCUGAAGAAGCUUGUUGAAGAAAAUGGAACAGAAGAUUGGAAUUUCAUUGCUAAUCAUUUUGUUAACCGCACAGAUGUUCAGUGUCAGCAUAGAUGGCAAAAGGUUCUGAAUCCAGAGCUAAUAAAAGGGCCGUGGACUAAGGAGGAAGAUCAAAAGGUAAUUGACUUAGUUCAGAAGUAUGGUCCAAAACGUUGGUCAUUGAUUGCUAAAUACUUAAAAGGCAGGAUUGGAAAGCAGUGCCGUGAAAGAUGGCACAAUCAUUUAAAUCCUGAAGUUAAAAAAUCUUCCUGGACAGAGGAAGAAGACAAGAUAAUUUAUGAUGCACACAAACGUCUAGGAAAUCGUUGGGCUGAAAUUGCAAAAUUGCUUCCUGGAAGGACAGAUAAUUCAAUCAAGAACCAUUGGAAUUCUACAAUGAGAAGGAAGGUGGAGCAGGAGGGAUAUCUGCAAACAGUGCCCAAAUGUGACUUGUCUAUUUCUGGUGUUCAACCUAAAGCACCCAGGGCUCCUUUGAACCCCAUGCAGUUCGAAAACCAGUUUUUCAUUCCUGUGCCCACCCAGGCCCAAGGUCAUCAGUACUUGGGUACAGAAGAGGGCUGUAUAGAGAAUGUUCAAGACACAGCAGGAUUUCCUCAACAGCCAUAUCUUGAUGAUGAUCCUGAUAAAGAGCAAAGAAUAAAGGAACUCGAAAUUCUUCUAAUGUCAGCAGAGAAUGAAGUCAGAAGAAAGCGAGCACCACACGAGGCUAGUGGUUUUACCAGCUGGUCCAGAAGUUUCUUUGGUGAUGACAGUUUGUCCAGCACCUUGAGCAGCCUGGAAGAAAAGCCAAGUGAAACUUUCAGCAAGGAGACACUCCAUGGACCAAACCCACCUGUACAGCAGACCUCCCUCAACAGGUUUUUUGCACAGGAGCAGAGUGCAGUUCUUAACACUCUGCAGUCUAUUCCUGAUUUUGCUAAGACAUUUGAACUCAUAGAAGCGGAUCCUGUAGUGUGGAAUGAAAUAUCUAACUUUGACUUGUCUGAAGUCACUGAGAAAACACCUACAAGACAGACUUCAGCUAAGCAUGAGCGUUUGCAGACCAGAGGUGGAAUAGCUUACCGCUUUGAUGGUCGUGCUGUUUCAGACCUGAGUGGAAGUACUUGCAGUAACAGCAGUGGACAGGGUGACCUCAUUCCUAUAGCAUCUCCUAUCGUUGCCAAGUUCAGCACACCGCCAACCAUUUUGAGGAGGAAAAGGAGAUCCAGGGUUGGCCCAUCUCCAUCUAGUGACUCUAACAGUGCUUCUUUCAUGGACAUCAGUACAACGAGCCCCAAAAGCACUCCAGUGAAAGUAUUACCCUUUUCUCCUUCUCAGUUUUUUAACAUUUACUCUGGCAAUGAUCACCUGAACCUUGACAACCCGGCACUGACAUCUACCCCAGUCUGUGGACAGAAACUUCUCGUCACAACGCCACUUCGUAAAGACCAGACGCCUAAGGUUCAGAAGGAAAAUGCAGGUUUCAGAACUCCCACAAUAAGACGAACGGUUUUAGACAGCACACCAAGGACUCCAACCCCUUUCAAGAAUGCACUUGCUGCCCAGGAAAAGAAAUAUGGACCACUUAGAAUGGUGCCUCAAUCGCUUGCACAUUUAGAGGAAGACAUUCGAGAGGUUCUAAGGAAAGAGACUGGCACUGACAUACUAUUUGGAGAUGGUAUCGAGCCUCGCUUCAAAAUGUGCGACCAGGAGCGAACUGCUCCUUUCAAGAAAGUAAGAAAGUCCCUUGUUUUAGAUGGAUGGGGCAAAGACAACCUCAGUACUCAGAUGUUCCCACAGAACUCUGUAUCAGAUGCACAGUCUGAAAUCCUUUUGACAAGCUCAUUACUGAGGGUCGCUAUGUCUGAAAAACCUAUUGCUACUAGGAGAGGAAAUGGUACCUUGUGUGAGAUAAAACAAAUGUCUACAUCAAAAAGUAUACGGUUUGAAACUCCAAGGCAGAUGAGCAGUGAAUGGGAAGCAGUGGCUUGUGGAAAGACAGAAGAUCAACUGAUAAUGACCGAACAGGCUCGGCGGUACCUGAACGCGUAUAAUGCCAGCAAUGCAAGCAGGGCUCUCAUCCUAUAACUCGGUAACAGCCGCUGAUGGAGGAGUGAGAUCUGCACACACAAAAACUGAUUCAGAUCAGUUGGUUCAUUUUAACCUUUGCUUAGAUUGGUGUCUUAAAAAUGUACAGCUUCCAUCUUGGGUUCAUCGUAGACCUAACUCCUAACGCAUCUCUUUCACUAGGUGCGAUUCGCAUCAAUGGUGAUUUGAAUCUUAAAAAUUCCAAUCUGUGUAAAAUAUGUCUAAAAUGAAGCUGCUUUUGCUGAAAAAUUAUUUUGCUAAUAUAGUAGCUUAUGUUUGUAUAAAACACAAUGGAAUGGAAAGAUGGAGAAAGGAAAUACUGCCUCAGUUGUACACUUGGUCUUUGAUAGCUAUAAAAGCAGACUAUUAUGUUGAAUAGAAUUCCAUAUGAGGAAUCGUCAUGUAGUAGUGAAUUUGCUACUUUUGCAACUAAUCCCAAAAAUGUAACCGCAGACCAAUUAGGGUUUGUUGCUUGGAAUAAAGCAUGAAAAGUUAAACCAGCUAAUAUUCAGAUGUUGGGCAAUUGGCAAAGACAUGAUCAUUUCUUAUAUGGUGUACAUUUUAUUUUGAACAUAGUUCAAAUAUGUGAUCAAAUAAAAAGGAAGUGAAGCAUAAAACCAAGUAUUUUAUAAUGUAAGCUGAUAGGAUGAAGCAAUUUUUAUUUCACAAAGGUGAAAUACCAGUAUUUAACACACCAGUCUCUGGAACGUGGGACAGUGUUUUGAAUGUAUUGUAUGUAGAAGCAGGGAAACGUUUGUAAAUUGGGAGGAAAGGGUACAUUUUCUAUAAAUUAUUUUCAGCUUUAAUCCUUAAUAAUAGUAUUUAUAUGUGUGGAUUCAGGACCUAGGAGCCACUGUUAAUUCCUGUUUAUAAGAAGUAAUUGCUGUUGGUCACACAAGCAUUCCCAGAUAUGCCCACAUCAACUUUUACAGAUGAAUUCUCUCGACACUUGGCUACCCAUUUAAAACUAAUGCACAUGUUUCAGGAUAUGAUGGUUAUAUAAGUGUCCGUUUUUUGGUUUCGUUGAAGUUGUUUCCAAAAACUACAGAUUAUAGAUUCCAGAAUUAUCAGUGGAAUGGAGAGAACCAUUCUAACCUUGCUUUGCACUUUGUAAGUAGUGGGUCAGUGCAGGGUGAAGAAAUAAAAUGAGCACACCUUCUUGUAUCCAAAGGUUCUACAGUAGCAUAUCCUGUCUCCUAAGUAGCUAACACUACUCGACUUCCAAAACCAGUUACCAUCUGCACUUAAAAUAUUUAAGCAGAAAUAAAUGUGCUGCCUUGCUGAAAUUGAGAUUGGCUAAAUGACUGGUUUACAUAACAAAAUAGUGAAUUUGUCAUUCAUUCCAUCUGCUUUCCACUUUUUAGCAAGUUAUUGCACACUUAAGUCUAUUCAGUCGCACCUUAAGAGCAUAUUCAAGAUUUUCCUAUUUUAUCCCACAAAUAUUUACUGUAUACAAAGAUUUUAUAUUUAAUAAAAGGAGCAUUAUCUCCCUUUGUCAUAAUGUACUUUUGUGAAAAUGAUUUUUUAAACCAAAAUGUAGACUCUUGCAAUUUUGGGAAUGGAAAGCAUCCAAAAGAGGCUUCUGGUUUUGUUUAAAAAUUCUCCUCAUGUUGUGAAGGCAUUCUUUCUUCUACUGAUGCCAGGUGCCAUGCAGUACCUUGGCCAUGAGAUAUGUAAGCAUCACCAUGAGAGUCAGCUGUGUAACAGUGGUGUUAUAGCCAAACCAGAUCUGGUCCUCGAAUAUAGAAUUACCAGCAGUGGAUUUUUGUAGUCAUUUUCCCUCACACUUCCAACCCAUGUGUUCAAUAUUAGUGUUGCUCCUCCCACCCCAGGUGAGACCAGCUAAAGCAGAACACACACUAUUGAUGUAAUCCUAAACAUUCUCAAUCUUAAUUUCUCUGUGUGUUUUGCCCUGGGGAUUCUAAGACAAAUGGGGAGCCACAUGUUUUACUUUUGAUGCAGUAAUACCUAAUUUACAAAAUGACUCGUCAUUUCAUGAUGUCCAUGACUUGUGUUUUUUUUAAGGAGGGGAGUGGCGGGGGGGGGGGACUGAACUUUACCGACACCAUGGAAAUGAUCCUUUUCAAUAAAUUUCUGCAACAAAGAAUCUCCUGUUUGAAAUAGUUUAAUUUGGGUUUUCAUUUCUGGGUGUUUUUUUAAAAAGUCCAGAUUAAUCUUGGUAUGUUGAGGUUCAACGUGCAUGUUUAUAAUCCAUUGUCUUUACUGCUGUAAUUCAAGCAUGUGAAAUGAUAAACCAUUGAAGAUUGCUCAGCUCAAUUAAUGGAAUUUCUGGGAGAUGAGAAAACAAAAAGCUUUUUUAAGAUAAUCUGAUUCCAGUAUUAAAAUAGGUGCAAUUUUAAAAAAAAAUCUUUACUCAUUUGGGCAUUUUAAGCUUUAAAAACAGGCUGACUUAUUUAUGAAAAAUCUCUUUCAAAAAGAGUAACAAAUUGUGUAAGUCUCACAGAGUGCAGAAGAUAUGUUGCCCACAUUAUAAUGGUCCCUUUUGUUCCAUGCACAGGUUAAACAUUGGCUUCAGUUGCCUGAAUUUAGAUGUUUGCACUUUUAUUUUCAAGAAAACUAUGUGCAUUUCUUUCUUUCUUAGAAAGAUUUUAAUUACUUCUGCACAGUAAAAAUGUAUCCACAAAGAUGUAGCACUGACAUGUAGAAAAAAACUAGUUAUUAAUUAAUAGCUAUGUAAUAUUUAGACGUCCUCCCUCUCCCGAGUUUGUACUGCUAUGCACAAUAGCAGGAUAUGCUUGCUGCUACUGAGAGAUGGAAAAGAAAGCAUCUGAUGCACUGUGUAUAGAAUGUACAUAGUUUGUUUGAUGGAAGCAGUGAUUCUGUAAUUGUUUAACAGCUAUUUUAUUGUAAUAUUUUAAGUGUGAAGGUUUUAUUCUGCAUGUUGUUAGCUAAGCACAUUUUAAUUCCAGACACUUUUUUGAAAGUUGUGUGUUUUUGUUUGUAGGAUUUUUUUGGGUGGGUUUUUUGAAGUGGUUUUGUUUCUGUGAGGUUGAAAUUUUGAAUGUCGAGUACAUGUAGCAGUUCUGCACUUACAAGAGAAACCGAUCUGGCUCUGAUUAAGUCUUGUAUUGUUAUUCACACAUAUGCUGCAUAAACAUUUUAAAAGUUCUCCAGUUAUACUGCCAUAUUGUAUGUUGGUUUUCUAUAAUUUGUCACUCAUGUGAUUUUAAUAUACUGCUGCAUGACUUUUCUCUGCCAUGAUCAAAAACCUGGUACACCAACAGCCUAUGUAGAGCAUAUGUAUGUUGCGUUAAAAUAAAUUUGUUGUGUGCUA